AUGAUUUCCUCCCAGUUGAAUUUCCAGGACUCACUGCAAGCGUCCUUGUUUCGGGAUGUGCCCGUGCCCUCCCUGACUGGCUGCCUGCCUCAUCAGAGCCGACACUACAAGCACAAGAGAGUCAGCAGCCAUAUGCCCCAUGCCAACGCUCUCUGCCACUUCCACAUUGCUGCCAGCAUCAACCCUGCCACUGACAUUCCUCUGCUGCCCUCAAUCUCCUCUCUGAGUGGUGUCGAUGACGAGGAAGCUGGAGGUCCUUUCACUGUCCACUGGCUCAACAACAAAGAGCUUCAUUUCACAUUAGCUAUGGAAGUCUUCCUGCAGCAAGUCCGAGGCAGCAUGGAGCAACAGAGCGAAGGCUCCAAUGAAGAACCUGAAGAUGAAGAUAACUUUGAUGAAGAAGAUCAUGGUAGCAGGCCAGAUGACGACCAGGGACCAGAUGCCAUGGAGCUUCCUCUGGCGGCGGUGAAGCACCAGGUGGACGUGCUGUUGGAGGAGUGGAAUAAAGGGGCAGACAUGUUGUUCAGCAUCCAUCCCAUGGACGGCUCCUUGUUAGUCUGGCAUGUGGACUGGUUGGAUGAAUACCAGCCAGGCAUGUUCAGACAAACUCAAGGUAUGUUCAAUAUUUAUCGGUAUGGUGUGUCGUUUGUGUCCCGUAUCCCUGUAGCGUUCCCUACAGGAGAUGCAAUCUCCCUCAGCCACAGUGUGGUCAUGUAUGCCUGCAACAAGAAUGUGGAUCUGGCAAUCCAACAUGGCAGACAGAGACCGCCUGGGAGCACAUUGCCUCAAGCCAAAUCUGCUCUAAUAAGCUACGGAGGGCAAGGAAAAGCUGCACCCGGCAGUAGUCUGCGUCUGAGCAUUUUUACCCCCAACGUCCUUAUGAUCUCCAAACAUGCCGAUGGCUCCCUGAACCAGUGGGCCGUUAGCUUUGCAGAGGAUUCUGCUUUCUCCACUGUGCUCAGCGUCUCGCACAAGUCACGGUACUGUGGUCACCGCUUCCACCUCAAUGACCUGGCCUGUCACUCAGUGCUCCCUCUCCUCCUCACCACCUCACACCACAACGCCUUGAAGACACCCGAUGUAGACAGCAUCCUGGCUGCUCCAGAGGCCUGCCCUUCUGGUUUCCCUCAUUCAACAUCUUUACCCCAUCAGUCAAGGUCCAGCAGAGGGUCCCUGGGUGUUGUAUCCCAGGAUCCCAAUGCCAUCUACAGUGAGCUGAUUUUAUGGAGAGUGGACCCUGUGGGCCCACUGUCUUUGUCCGGUGGGGUUUCUGAACUAGCUCGGAUUAAUUCUCUCCACGCAUCAGCCUUUGCUAAUGUAGCCUGGCUGCCCACUCUCAUUCCAAGCAGCUGUUUAGGUGCGUACUGUAACUCUCCCAGCGCAUGCUUUGUGGCAAGUGAUGGCCACUCACUCAGGCUGUAUCAGGCUGUUAUUGAAGCAAAGAAACUCCUGAGUGAGCUUUCCAACCCGGAGAUAUCAAAAUAUGUUGGGGAGGUCUUCAACAUCAUCAGUCAGCAAUCUACAGCUAAACCUGGGUGUAUAAUAGAGCUUGAUGCCAUCACUGGAUUUCAGGGGAAGGAGACCCAGCUCCUGCAUGUUUUUGAAGAGGAUCUGAUCCUCGGCAGUGAGAGAACAGAAAGCAAAUGGGAAACUCCUGAUCUUCCUAAUACUGGCUCUUGUGAGCCAGCCUUCUCAGCACGUUUUUUCCUUGUGGUGGUUGAAUUGACCCCGACAGGCCGCUCACUCCUCCACAUGUGGCAUCUCUAUAUUGCUGCUCUCCCCGUCACCAUGGAUGAGACCUCGUCAGCGACUAAUGCCACGCCGGCUUCUCCUUUGAACAGCUCCAGGUUUAGCUAUGACAUGUUCACUUCCCCAGUAGCUCAGAAAAGUAAACCCUGCACUUCCAAUCUGCAGAGCGCCUGCCGCCUUAGCCUCACAACUCACAAGCUGUACAGCAAAGAGAUGGCUCUGCCUGAGGGAGUGGAAGCCAUCAGAGUUACACCCUCAGCAGGUCACCUGAGCGCGUCAUGUUCUCUGCCAGCCGGCCGUGUGCCUUACCUCCUUGCUACUUCCUGUUCUGAUGGAACUGUCCGCUUCUGGCGAUGUAAUGUCAGUUCACCGAAGCCUUCUGGUGUAAAGGACUUGGUGUACCAGUGGGAGGAGUGGCCUCUUCUGGUGGAAGAGGGGCUUCCUAACAGCAGCGCAGUGAGCGUGCACGGUCGCCCCGUGGAGGUUAGCUGCUGCCACACGGGACAGAUUGCAGUUGCUUACAGGCAGACUCCAAACACCCCUCUGAGCUCAACACCUUAUCUGAACUCUCACGCACUGUUGACUUCUCCUCCCUCUCUAUCCUCCACCCCUUAUUUACAUUACAACAACAAUGCCCACCUGACCCCAACCCUGACUGUACAACGCAGCCCUAACCUCACUCCAUGUCCCAACCCAGCAAAAGCGAGAGAACCAUCGUUCCACAUCACCAUCUUUCAGUGCGAGUCUACAGCAGGCUCACAGUGGAUUUUGGAUCAGACCUUAGUCCUGGACAGCACAGAUGGAAUGAGUAGCAGCAUAAGUAACACAGACUUCUCUAAUGAGAACUGUCCUGGCUCUAGUAAUAAGAGCCUGGUUCAUUUGGACUGGGUCUCACAGGAAAAUGGCUCACAUGUUCUCACUGUUGGUAUUGGGACGAAGAUUUAUAUGUACGGUCGUCUCUCUGGGAAACCUCCAGAACUGGGCCUGUCAUCUGACGCCAGUAGAGACCAGCGCUCAUCCCGCUUGGUUCUGCUGCGGUCAGUCGAUCUGGUCUCCUCUGUUGAAGGCUCUUUACCUAUUCCAGUCUCCCUCUCCUGGGUCCGAGAUGGCAUCUUGGUUGUUGGCAUGGACUGUGAGAUGCACGUCUACUCACAGUGGCAACCCCCAACACCGCCAAAACCCAACACCACAACCGGCCAAGACACAGACAUCAGCAGCAGCGUGUCCUCCAUAAUCUCAGCAGUCAGACAGAGCCAGGAAGACGCCUUCAGUAACGGGGCCCCCAUGUCUCUGCUUGCCCCUCCCAAAAAGGCCCUGACCAGAUCGAUGAUGAGCCUGGCUCAGAAACUCAGCGGGAAGAGAACAGCUUACGACCUGCCGGUAGAGAUGGAAGACUCGGGGCUUUUCGAAGCGGCUCACCAGCUCUUUCCCACGCUGCCUCAGUACCAUCCUGUACAGUUACUUGAGCUCAUGGAUCUAGGGAAGGUUUAUCGUGCCAAGGCCAUCCUGUCCCAUCUGGUGAAAUGCAUUGCUGGGGAAAUUGUGACACUUAAAGACAGUACCGCCAACCCAGAGAAAAGGGUGCGCUCUCGAACUAUCAGUGCCGGAGGCAGUACAGCCAGGGACCGCAAGAUGUUCAACAAAGCAGGGAACUACCCUGACUACACGGAGAUCAGCUAUCCUCCUCUGCCUCUGUACUCUCUCCUGGCUGCUGAUGAGGACACAUUAAAAAACCUGGUGGAUAAAGUGGGCAGUGUCAGUGGAGAUAGUGGGCAUGGUUCCAGUCACACCGAUGCUUACGAUGAGCUCUUUCAAACUCCCAGCAUGGCGGACCUGGACCCUCUGGAUAAUGAUCAGGAGGAAGCAGGAAACAAGGUUAUUGACCUGUCCCAGUACAGUCCAACAUACUUUGGUCCAGAACAUGCACAGGUUUUGUCCAGUCACCUCCUUCAUUCCAGUUUGCCAGGCUUAACCAGCUUGGAGCAGAUGUCUCUGAUGGCGUUGGCUGACACUAUCGCCACCACAAGCACUGACUUCAAGGACAGCCAAGGCACCAGCAAAGGUGGAGAGACACUGGAUGAGUGUGGUCUGAAGUUUUUGCUGGCCGUCAGACUCCAUACCUUUCUCUCUACCUCCCUGCCUCCAGCUCACAGAGUGCAGCUUCUACGACAAGGCCUGUCAACGUGUCAUUAUGCCUGGGCCUUUCACUCUGAAGCCGAGGAGGAGCUGCUGAACAUGCUGCCUGCUUUACAGAAAGGAGAGCCCACCUGGCCAGAGCUGCGCUCCAUGGGUGUGGGCUGGUGGCUACGCAGCACCAACAAGCUGCGCAGGUGUAUUGAGAAG